AAUGGCUGAAGCAGAUGUUCUGUUUGAAUCAGAUGGCGUGUCGAGUGGAGAUGAGAAUCAUUUGAUUACAGUGACGAAUGCAAAAGGAAAUAAGAGAAGUGGCGGCAAUAUACCAAUAGGUGUAGUUUGCCGUAACUUUAAAGAAGAAGAAGAACUUCCGGUUCUCCUUGCUUGAUUUCUUCACUAAAAAGCCGGAGUGUGGUCUUAGGAAAGAGUUAAGCCAACUAUCUAGCUAACGUUACGGUACACGUGAAGACUACCUAAUAUGGGUCGCCGCAAGUCCAAGAGAAAGCCCCCCCCAAAGAAGAAGCUUACUGGAAAUUUGGACACUCAAUUCACCUGUCCGUUCUGCAAUCACGAAAAGUCAUGUGAUGUGAAAAUGGAAAGGACCAGAAAUACUGGGAUAAUAUCAUGCACAGUUUGCCUGGAGGAGUUCCAAACCCCCAUUACCUAUCUGUCAGAGCCUGUGGAUGUGUACAGUGAUUGGAUAGACGCUUGUGAAGCAGCCAAUCAGUAGCCCAGGCUCACCGGGGCGGAAGACCUCACGUUGGAACAGGAAGCUGAUUUAGAGGUGGCGCUCGUCUGUUUCUCACCAAUCACUGCCAGUCUUCAGCUCAAGAUGAUGGUCCCGUUCCAGGCCGACUACAUUGCAGACGUCGCAUUGCAUCAACCAAUAGUUGCCACGUCAUCAACUGCUGUUGGGCAUCAUAUUGCUGUGUCAUGUGGUUAGCUGAUAUGUGAACCAACUAUCCAGACGUUGUGAGAUCUGGCAGAUGCCUACAAUGUAGUCAGCCUGGUAAGCAACCUCUGACCUUUACCUCACCGCACAUCUCCCACACUAGUGACCUGGCGUCCACCGAGACUGUCUUGAGUAGCCAUAGUUCAGUCCAGAGCCCUAUAUAGGUUACGCCCCAAAUGGCACCCCAUUCCCUAUGUAGGGCACUACUUUGACCUGCUCCCAUAGGGCUCGGGUGGAAAAUAGUGCACAAUAUAGGGAAUAGGGUUCCAUGUGGGAUGUGACCUUAGAGGUAUAUAUGACUCUGGUUAAGUCAACCUAUUCCCCUACUCACCGUUUUAAUUCAUACAGACUUCAUUUUAGCGGUCAGUUGUCAUGGCUCCUAGCUUACUGGUAGGAUUAUACAGUUAGUUGCAGCUCUUGGGUUAGUUUCUGUUUUACCACAAUUAGUUUUUACUCUCCCCUGUGUACAGAGAUACACAAUACCACAGAGUACAGCAAUACCAUAGUGUUGGGUCAUUCCAUUGGGGUAUAUUUGGUGUAACUCUGAGUGUGUUUAUGCAGAGUAACCUAGUGGGGUGUUCCAGAAAGUAGGAUUGUAAAGUUAGCCAGCUAACUUUGAUAUGCAGUUAAAUAUAUCUUUAU